AUGGAUGCCUUAUUUACCAUUAACUUAAACUGGGGAAUGAUGUUCCUCAUUCAGACCACUGCUGGAAUCCUUGGCAAUUCCUUUCUCUUUCAUCUGUAUAACUUCCCAUUUUUCACUGCACAAGUGAGGCGACCCACAAACUUGAUUAUCAAUCAGUUUAUCAUAACAAACAAUCUGGUUCUUCUCUCCAAAGGGAUCCCUCAGACAGUGGCCACAUUUGGACUCACAACUUUCUUGGGGGAGGCUGGUUGCAAACUUAAUCUCUAUUUGUACAGAGUGGCCAGAGGUGUCUCUCUCAGUACCACCUCCCUCCUCAGUGGCUUUCGGGCCAUUAAGCUUCGCCCCAAUAUGUCUGGGUGGCUGAGCCUCAGAAUUAGGUCCUCAAAGUGGAUUGGCACCUGCUGUUUCCUUUGCUGGAUGCUGCACCUCAUGCUCAAUAUACAGGUAACUAAGAUUGUAAAUGCCCCACCAAAUAAUAAAAACCUGACUACCAAAGGAAUCCACAACUACUGUUGCUUAACCAUUCCAGAGAGAUUGGGUUUCUUAUUCUCAGGAGUGAUUUUCUCCCUGAGUGAUGUAAUGUGUCUGGUCAUCAUGGCAUGGACCAGUGGUUCCACGAUCCUUGUCCUACACAAGCACAAGCAGCAAGUACAGUACAUCCAUAGUCACAGCUUGUCCCAAAAAUCUGCUCAUGAAGACAGAGCCACACAGACUAUCCUGCUCCUAGUGAUCAUGUUUCUCUUCUUUUACUCUAUAUCUUCCAUCUUAUCACUUUGGAUAACCCAAACUGAGCACCUAACACCCUGGCUGCUAAAUAUUUCUAUACUGAUGUCACUUGCCUUUCCAACACUCAGUCCCUUUGUAUUCAAUUGCACUGAUUCUCAUUCUUCUCACUGUUGCUUCAUUUCUAAUAUAAAGAAAGGACAUAAUCCAGCUAUGGUCUCUGCAUUUUAA